CUAUUUCAAUGGUGCAGCUUUCCCAAGCCCCUUUCCGUUGCCCAUCAUCACCUUCAGGCUGGUCAGAGGAGGGGGAGGAUAAGAGUAUGAAGGCGGCCAAGCAGCAGGUGAACCCGUCUGGGGAGAGCCAGCCUCCCUCCAGCCCCCUGCAGUCUGCGCUGAACUCGGCAGCCUCUCCUUCCCAGGCAUAUGAGACUUACAUUGAUAAUGGGCUUAUCUGCCUCAAACACAAGAUCAGGAACAUUGAGAAAAAGAAGCUCAAACUAGAAGACUACAAAGAUCGCCUGAAGAAGGGAGAAGCCCUCAAUCAAGACCAGUUGGAGGCAGUAGAGAAAUAUGAUGAAGUAGUACACAACUUGGAAUUUGCCAAGGAACUUCAGAAGACUUUUUCAGGACUUAGCCAAGAUCUGCUGAAAGCACAGAAGAAGGCUCAGCGAAGAGAGAGUCUAUUGAAGCUUGAAGCAGAGAAGAAAAAACUGCGUACAAUACUUCAAGUCCAGUAUGUGCUGCAGAACUUCACUCAAGAGCAUGUUCAGAAAGAUUUCAAAGGUGGUGUGAAUGGUGCAGUAUACUUGCCUUCUAAAGAACUAGACUACCUCAUAAGAUUUGCAAAACUGACAUGUCCAGAAAGAAAUGAGAACUUGAGUGUGGAAGACCAGAUGGAACAAUCAUCUCUCUACUUCUGGGACCUCCUAGAAGGAAGUGAGAAACCUGUGGUUGGAACAACAUAUAAACACAUGAAGGACCUGUUAUCCAAACUUCUAGACUCUGGCUACUUUGAAAGUAUUCCGACUCCUCGCACCACCGUGCCAGUAAAAGAAUUGGAAGAAGAAGUAAAUAGAAAAUCUGAGAGAACAAGACAGAUGUCAAAAGGAGAGUCUGUCAAAGAACCAGAAUCCAUUAUGGAGCUUAUGAAGUCUGAAAUACAGCCACAGGAGUUUCUCAACAGGCGUUAUUUGCCUGAAGCAGAAUACUCUGUCAAGAAGAAGCCAGAAGAGCCCAAAUCUUGGGAAGCUGAGUGUGCUAGAAAGCAAGAACCUCCAAAAUCCUGGGAAAUGCUUGUUGAUAUUGAAGAGCAUGAACAGAAGCAGAAACAAGAGACCUUAAAGCCUUGGGAAGCUCGUGUUAGGCAGCAAGAACCAAAAAGACCAGAUUCUCCAAAGCCUUGGGAAGUUCGUGCUAAAGAAGAGGAACAGAAGCGUGAGUCUACAAAGCCCUGGGAGACCCGUGUUGAAGAGGAAGAACAGAAGAAGCAAGAAGCUCCAAAGGCCUGGGUAGCACGUGUCCGAGAGGAGCAGGAGUCCCCCAAACCUUGGGUAGCAAAGGUUAGGGAAGAGCAGGACCAGAAGAAACAGGAAUCACCUAAGCCAUGGGUAGCAAAAGUUAGGGAAGAGCAGGACCAGAAAAAGCAGGAGUCCCCAAAACCUUGGGUGACAAAAGUUAAGGAAGAACCAGAGCAAAAGCAGGAAUCUCCAAAACCUUGGGUAACCCAAACUAGGGAGCAACCAGAACAAAAGAAGCCAGAGCCUGUGAAAUCAUGGGAAAUGCCCAUUAGGGAAGAGCCAGAGCAAAAGAAGCAAGAGCCUGUGAAGGCUUGGGCUGCACAUGUUAGGGAGGAGCCAGAACAAAAGAAGCAGGAGACUCGAGAGGCUUGGGAAAAAGCUGACAGGCAGCAGCAAGUGUCGUCACAGCAGUUACAGAACCCUCCGAAGUCCUGGGGAGCUGCAAGUGUUGGGCCAAAGGAGCAGAUGGGGCCAAAGAAGUUUGAUAUGGAACCCAAAGAAGAGUCCAUUCUGGAUUUUGAUAAAGCUUCACCAAGUGCCAUUGGUUCAUCCCAACCACCUUCAGUUACUCCAGCAAGUAGUCCUGUAGCUUCAAAAGAACAGAAACUGCCAAGUCAGAGUGAUUUUCUUCAACAGCCCCUUCAAGCUGCUGCUUCGUCCGUGACACUGCAUGGUUCAAAUACUUCCCUAGCAUCUGCUGAGCAGACUCUUUCUGGCUCUGAAACUGAAGACUUGGUGACACCACAGGCAACUAUUCCCCUCCCAAGUGAGCCACAGUCACCAUUGCCUACUUCAAGCACCUCCAUGUCGCCAGUACCACCAGUGCAAAGCUUUCAGUCUCCUCCAGCAAGUAGCAGUUCUGUCACAAUAACAGCAGCUCCCUUUCAGGCUAUGCAGACUGUAUUUAAAGUGAAUGCACCACUGCCUCCGCGUAAAGACCAGGAAAUUAAAGAGGAUUCUUUUGCAGGAUAUAACCAGAGUUUCUCUACAGCAAGUACACAGACUCCUCCUCAAUGCCAAUUGCAGUCUUCUCAUGUUGCAGAACAAACCUCUCUUUCACAAGAAUCUCUGUCUUCAGCAGUGAAUUAUCAACCUGAUGGAGCUGUUCCUGUUAGCAAUGGUAGCCUUGCCUUUUAUCCAGCACAGACUAAUGUUAUUCCCAGACCGCCUCAGCCUUACCUUAACAGUCGUGGGUCUGUCAGAGGAUCUGCUAGAGGUGGAAGGUCACUGGCUAAUUCGUAUCGUUCCCCUGGUGGGUACAAAGGUUUUGAUGCUUACAGAGGCUCACCUUCAAUAACUAAUGGCAACUAUGGCCAGCUGCAGUUCCCUGGUAGAGAUUAUGCUGGAAUGCCAUAUUCUCAGAGGGAUGUUAAUUACCAGCAGUGCUAUAAACGAGGUGGGAUAACUAGUGGUCCUCGAGCAAAUUCAAGAGCAGGGUGGAGUGAUUCCUCUCAGGUGAGCAGUCCAGAACGAGACAAUGAAACCUUUAACAGUGGGGACUCUGGACAGGGAGACUCCCGCAGCAUCACCCCUGUUGAUAUGCCAGUGACGAGCCAAGCUGCCACCAUAUUACCAGUGCAUGUCUACCCCCUCCCGCAGCAGAUGAGAGUUGCCUUCUCUGCCGCUAGAACAUCUAACUUGGCCCCUGGAACUCUAGACCAGCCAAUUGUGUUUGAUCUGUUGCUGAACAACCUUGGAGAAACUUUUGAUAUCCAGCUUGGUAGGUUCAACUGUCCAGUGAAUGGUACAUAUGUCUUCAUCUUCCACAUGCUGAAACUGGCUGUAAAUGUUCCCCUGUAUGUGAAUCUCAUGAAGAAUGAAGAGGUCCUAGUGUCAGCAUAUGCAAAUGAUGGGGCUCCUGAUCACGAAACAGCUAGUAACCAUGCAGUCCUGCAGCUGUUCCAGGGAGAUCAGAUCUGGCUGCGUCUACAUCGGGGAGCCAUCUAUGGAAGUAGCUGGAAAUACUCCACCUUUUCGGGAUACCUCCUUUAUCAGGACUAAAAUCCAGUGCGAUGUUUACAAAAGAGCUGCUCCAAACACCUUGGUGGAGGGGGGUGGGACUAGCUUUGCACUUACUACUGACUUUAUAGAAGAUAUGUGGUUCCAUUAUUGGGGGAAAUGAUGGUCCUGUUGUGCAAGGUGAAAUCAUGGAAUUGGGGUACUGAAUCAGCACUAAUUUGGCACUUUAUCAGUUGUGAUGUAGCCUUGCUAGUAAAGCUGUGAAUGUAUAUUGUUUGCACUUACCCUAAACUGUAUUAAUGUCCAGCUUACUACACUAUUGAUUGCCUCAAGUAUGGGCUAUUCACAAUGCCUUGUUGUGCCUCAAUAAAACAAGUUA